UUCAGCAGGUGAGACACACCUGAGAGCGCCACAGCACGGACUGGAACCAGGACCAAACCCGGACUAAACUGGAACUAAACCAGGAGUAAACCGGGACUAAAUCGGGACUGAAACCAGGACUAAACUAGAACUAGAGCCAUAAUAAAGUUGUAUUAAACCAGGAGUAAAUCUGGACUGGACCGGGACUAAACAGGACUAAACCCAGCCCUCCCUGUGAGUCCAAUGCGGCUGCUGGUCCUGUUGCUGGUCCUGUUGCCGCUCCUUGUCGCGGUGCGGCGCGGCGGAGCGGCAGACGCGUACUGCAGCGGAGGAUACCGCGCGGACUUCGUGCUGGACACGGAGGACGCGGUCAAACAGGGCGCGGUGCUGCUGGCCACAGCGCAUGCGCAGAGUUCAGACGAGUGCGAGGGCGCUUGCUGUGAAGACCCGCUGUGCAACCUCGCGCUCAUGGAGCCCAACGGCGCAUGUGCACUGUUCGACUGCGUCUACAGAAACCGCUUCGUCUGCAACAGGUUCCAGGGUCGGAGUGGAUACCAGACCUAUGUGACUAAGGCGCUAUACCAGACCUACCUCAAGGCUCCGCCCAGAAAAGGUGAACAGCGGCCGCCAAUUGCGGUUGGGGGGCGGGACUUAGUGGUGCAGCCUGGAGAGACCGUGGUCCUGAACGGGAUCGAGAGCCACGCCCCCGGAAACGAGAUCAAGGACUACAGCUGGACCCUGAAGAGGGCUAAUGGCACAGUCACUAUGGAGAAGACCGAAUACCCAGACCAAGUCCGGGUCUCUGGUCUUCAGUCCGGGUCUUACUGGUUCCAGCUCACAGUGACAGACUCUCACGGGAACUCAGCUACUGAUGAGGUCCUGGUCCAAGUCCUGACGCCGGAGCAGAGCAGCCUCUUUUGCCUGGCUGCUCCAAAAGUGGGCCCGUGCCGUGCGUCCUUCACCAGGUGGCGCUAUGAUGCGGUGUUUGGUAUCUGCAGGACCUUCACUUUUGGCGGCUGCAAAGGAAACUACAACAACUUCCUGUCUGCGGAGGCGUGCGAGGCGGCAUGCCGAGGGAUCACAGCGGCUCUGGAGAGGAAUGCGCCCCCUCCUGUCGCUGAGGUGUGUGGUUCCACGUGUCGCCCGGGGCAGUUGGUCUGUGACUCGUCCUGCUGUGUUCACAAGAGUUUAGAGUGUGACGGAGUGAAGCAGUGUGUGGACGGAGCAGACGAAUCAGGCUGCAGCAAAUUGAACCAGACUUUUAACCGACUCGUGGAGAUCGAAGUGGACGAGAAAAAGGCGCGGUGCACCCUCCCCCCACACACCGGCCCCUGUAGAGCCAGUUUCACUCGAUGGUUCUAUGACCCUCUGGACCAGAAUUGUCAGAGCUUCACCUUCGGAGGCUGUGAUGCCAAUGACAACAACUACGACCAAAAACACGUGUGCGAGGAGUCUUGCCAAGGAGUUACAGAAAAGGAUGUGUACGCUCCUGGGAUGUUCAAGCGCUUUGAUGAGGAGGAGGAGUCUCAGUCAGGCUCCAUCGCUGUGAUCGUGGUGCUGACUGUGGCUCUGCUCGCUCUACUCACCGUCGUCUCCUACUGUUACUUCAAGAGAAAGAGGAACAACGCCCCCACGUCUCCUACAGAAACCCAGGGACUAAACCGGGACUAAACCAAGAGCUAAACCAAGAGCUAAACCAAGGGCUAAACCAAGGGCUAAACCAAGGGCUAAACCAAGGGCUAAACCAAGGGCUAAACCAAGGGCUAAACCAAGGGCUAAACCAAGGGCUAAACCAAGGGCUAAACCAAGGGCUAAACCAAGGACUAAACCAAGGACUAAACCAAGGACUAAACCAAGGACUAAACCAAGGACUAAACCAAGGACUAAACCAAGGACUAAACCAAGGACUAAACCAAGGACUAAACCAAGGACUAAACCAAGGACUAAACCAAGGACUAAACCAAGGACUAAACCAAGGACUAAACCAAGGACUAAACCAAGGACUAAACCAAGGACUAAACCAAGGACUAAACCAAGGACUAAACCAAGGACUAAACCAAGGACUAGAUAAAAUGUGUCCUUGGCUGUAGGUGCUGUGUUGAGCCUGUUUUGCUGCCACAUCCACAGCUCUCUUGUCCGCUUGAUUUGAAAUUAGAUGUUCUUGUUUAUUGUUGUACUGUGUGUUUGAAGGGAUGUGUCUACUUCUUGUUUAUUGUUGUGCUGUGUUUGAAGGGAUAUGUCUACUUCUUGGGAUUUUACUAUUUUAAUGUGUUUUUGAACCAUGCACUGUUUCCAUUUCUUUUCAAACUCAGGCAGUAUUUUAUUUGGUUUGUUAUGAAAAAAUAUUCAGGGGAAAUUUACUGUAAAUAUUUAAAUAAAAACAUUUUU